UAAACCUUUUAAAAGAACGGAAUCCAUGUUCUAAUUAUUUUUUUUCUUUUUUUCUUUCCCUCCUUUCUGCAGAUGUGAGUGAGGCAUCUGCAGGGCGGAAGGGCCCUAGAGGAGACAAAGGGCCACAGGGAGAAAGGGGUCCACCAGGUCCACCAGGCAGAGAUGGUGAAGAUGGUCCACCAGGUCCUCCAGGCCCCCCUGGUCCUCCAGGUCUUGGCGGAAAUUUUGCUGCUCAAUAUGAUCCAUCUAAAGCGGCUGACUUUGGCCCCGGACCUAUGGGUUUAAUGGGACCUAGAGGCCCACCUGGAGCAUCUGGACCUCCUGGUCCUCCUGGGUUUCAAGGUGUUCCUGGUGAGCCUGGUGAACCUGGUCAAACAGGUCCUCAAGGUCCUCGUGGUCCCCCUGGUCCUCCAGGAAAGGCUGGUGAAGAUGGUCACCCUGGCAAACCUGGAAGACCUGGUGAGAGGGGUGUUGCUGGUCCUCAAGGUGCUCGUGGUUUCCCUGGAACUCCUGGUCUGCCUGGCUUUAAGGGAAUUAGGGGACACAAUGGUCUGGAUGGUCAAAAGGGACAACCUGGUACUCCUGGCACCAAGGGAGAACCUGGUGCCCCUGGUGAAAAUGGUACCCCAGGACAACCUGGUGCUCGCGGUCUCCCUGGUGAGAGAGGAAGAAUAGGCGCCCCUGGACCAGCUGGUGCUCGUGGGAGUGAUGGCAGCGCUGGCCCUACUGGACCUGCAGGCCCCAUUGGUGCUGCUGGUCCUCCAGGCUUCCCAGGUGCUCCUGGUGCUAAGGGUGAAAUUGGACCUGCUGGUAAUGUUGGCCCUACUGGUCCUGCUGGUCCAAGAGGAGAGAUUGGGCUUCCUGGUUCCAGUGGUCCUGUUGGCCCUCCUGGCAACCCUGGUGCUAAUGGUCUUCCUGGGGCUAAAGGUGCAGCUGGUCUUCCUGGUGUUGCUGGUGCUCCUGGUCUGCCCGGUCCCCGUGGUAUUCCUGGUCCUCCUGGCCCUGCUGGUCCAAGUGGUGCUAGGGGACUUGUUGGUGAACCAGGCCCUGCUGGUGCCAAGGGAGAAAGUGGUAACAAGGGUGAGCCUGGUGCUGCUGGCCCCCCUGGCCCUCCUGGUCCAAGUGGUGAGGAAGGCAAGAGAGGCAGCAACGGUGAACCUGGCUCUGCUGGUCCCCCUGGCCCUGCUGGUCUAAGAGGUGUGCCUGGAUCUCGUGGUCUCCCUGGAGCUGAUGGCAGAGCUGGUGUCAUGGGACCUGCUGGUAACCGUGGUGCUAGUGGUCCUGUUGGUGCUAAGGGUCCUAAUGGUGAUGCUGGCCGUCCUGGUGAGCCUGGUCUUAUGGGUCCAAGAGGUCUCCCAGGUCAACCUGGAAGCCCAGGUCCUGCUGGCAAAGAAGGUCCUGUUGGUUUCCCUGGAGCAGAUGGGAGGGUUGGGCCAAUUGGUCCAGCUGGUAAUAGAGGUGAACCUGGCAACAUUGGAUUCCCUGGACCAAAAGGUCCCACUGGUGAACCUGGCAAACCUGGUGAAAAAGGCAAUCAACAAGCCAACGUAAGUGCUUUCCGCUUGUUCGUGGCAUGGGUGGCGGCAGGGGGUGGCUGUCCCGCUCUGCGCGCUCCGGAGACCCUCUCUAAAGCUGCCACCUCCGUCUCAGAGCGGCGCCUCUAG